AUGGAAUCUGGUGGUGGUGGAGCUCGAAAACGUGGAAGUGUGCUUUCUGCAUACUUGACAGUUGGACUGGACUCGUGCAUACUUUCCCAUUCAUCACCUUCUUCCACCCGACAAAGAUCACCGCUAAUUUCGCAUGUACCCCUUCCUGUUAAAAAAAAUACCAAUUUUCUCAGAAUACAAAAGUAUACUCGACAGGAAAUCUCAGCCAUUUUAUACAGAGAAUUACUCUAA